AUAAUUUUGAACAUUGUCAAUGGCCUUGAUUGGCAGUGUAAUAACAAGGAGGAUGUAAACUGGUGAACUGGAUGAUAAUUCUCUAUGGCGAUCACAAAUGAUUUUGUUGUCAUGCCUUUGCAAACGUCAAGGCCGAAGCUAUCGUCAACGAGUAAAUGUAGACUACUAAGUUUAUUAUAACACGGGUCUUGUGCAAGUGCAAAAUUAUGAUGGCAUCGUCAUUCAUCAGGUUCUCGAAGUUGAAGUGCCAGGUGGACAAUGGCUUCAGAAAAGCAGUGCAGACAAGAUGUCGAAGUAGUUCGGCCAUUCCGAAUACAAAGCUUUUCAUUGAUGGUAAAUUUGUGGAGUCUCAGACAUCGGAAUGGAUAGAUUUACACAAUCCUGCAACAAAUGAGGUGGUGACCAGGGUGCCCAAGUCGACCCGCAGCGAGAUGGAGGCGGCCGUGCAGUCUGCGAAGGAGGCGUUCAAGAGCUGGUCUCGCACGUCCGUACUCACUCGCCAGCAGCUGAUGUUCCGGUACCAGGACAUCAUCAAGAAGAAUAUGAGCACGCUGGCUGAGAACAUCACGCUGGAGCAGGGCAAGACGCUUGCGGACGCGGAGGGCGACGUGUUGCGUGGCUUGCAGGUGGUGGAGCACUGCUGCAGCGUCACCUCCCUGCAGCUGGGGGAGUCCCUCCAGGGCAUCAGCAAGGACAUGGACACCCACUCGUACCGACUGCCGCUGGGCGUCACCGCCGGCAUCACGCCCUUCAACUUCCCCGCCAUGAUCCCGCUGUGGAUGUUCCCCGUGGCCAUCGUGCUGGGCAACACGGCCGUCAUCAAGCCGUCGGAGCGCGACCCGGGCGCCUGCAUGAUGCUGCUGGACCUGCUCGCCCAGGCGGGCUGCCCCCCGGGCGUCGUCAACGCCAUCCACGGGGCGCACCACGCCGUCGACUUCGUCUGCGACCACCCGGACAUCCGCGCCGUCUCCUUCGUCGGCUCCGACCAGGCGGGCAGGUACAUCUACGAGCGGGCGUCACGCAGCGGCAAGCGCGUGCAGAGCAACAUGGGCGCCAAGAACCACGGCGUGGUGAUGCCCGACGCGAACAAGGAGAGCACGCUGAACCAGCUGGUGGGAGCGGCGUUCGGGGCGGCGGGCCAGCGCUGCAUGGCGCUCAGCACGGCCGUGUUCGUGGGCGGGGCACGAGACUGGCUGCCGGACCUCGUCGCCCGCGCCGCCGAGCUCAGGGUCAACGCUGGUCACAUCCCGGGCACGGACUUGGGGCCCGUCAUCUCCCCGCAGGCCAAGCAGCGCAUCCUGGAGCUGGUGCAGUCGGGCAUCGACGAGGGCGCCACCUGCCUGCUGGACGGCCGCAGCCUCGUGGUGCCGGGCUUCGAGCGGGGCAACUUCGUGGGCCCCACCGUGCUCAGCGAGGUCACGCCUAGCAUGCGGUGCUACCGGGAAGAGAUCUUCGGGCCGGUGCUGGUGGCGCUCAGCGUGGACACCUUGGACGAGGCCAUCGCGCUCAUCAACAGCAACCCGUACGGCAACGGCACUGCCAUAUUCACCACCAACGGCGCCACCGCCAGGAAGUUCACGCACGAGAUAGAUGUCGGACAGGUUGGCGUGAACGUCCCCAUCCCGGUGCCCUUGCCGAUGUUCUCCUUCACCGGCAGCCGCGGCUCGUUCCUCGGGGACUGCCACUUCUACGGCAAGCAGGGCCUGCACUUCUACACGCAGACCAAGACGGUGACGCAGAUGUGGCGCGAGAGUGACGUGAGCCACGCACGGCCGGCCGUGUCCAUGCCCGUCAUGCAGUGACGCUCCGUCCCUCUGCGGCAGUCACUCCGACCGUCGCACCGGUCACUGUCGCUUGAGUCGCUCCUCCGGCAGGGUCGGUGCAAGUAUUCAUUUCCAUUUUCAACAUUGGGAGGAAAUAUAUAUUAACAUGAAAAAAAAUCAGCAAAACAUAACCUAAGGUAGCAUAUGCAUAGCCAAACAGCAUUCUUUAAUUUGCUUUAGAAACAUCACACUGAUUCGAACUAAAUAAUCAUGUCUGCUACGUUUGGAAUAUGGAUUAUUUCUAGGCCUGUGCGAAUAUCAGUUUUUUUAGUUCAAUUUGAAUAUGGAAAAUGGAUAUAAAAUUAUCUGGCUUUACUACAUUAAUCUUCUCAAAAUUUACGUGGCAAAAAACGUUCCACAUAAAUAACCCUAAACCAUUACAAAAAUCCUGUGGAAAUGUUGUCCCCACCCCACGAGAAUAUCUCCCAUGAUUCCGAAACUUGUUAAGACUUUCGAGACCCCGCACAGCCGUAUUUGUAAACAACUGAAUGUAUUUUUUUUUUUAAGUGUUAGUAUUCAAAAUUGAAUAAAAUACUAAUAAUAAACGGUUUGUUUUGUUAUUCAAUAAUUUGAAUAUCCGCACAGGCCUAAUCAUUACACACUGCUUAGAUAAUCAAUGGCAUCAUUAAUUUUAAGUUGCUGCCAACAUUAGGCAGCAUCCUGAUUUUUAUAAUCAAGUUUUUAAGAGUCUUUGGUAAAACUUUCAAAAGGCAGAAAAUGUUGAGGUCAAAGAAUGAGCGAGUGUGCUACUCUGUGUUCCUUGGCGUGAUACAUUUACAAUGUUUAUGAUUGGAUUCAGUUACUUUGUCUCUCACUGAUGUUUACAAUUGUUAUGAUGUUCAUCUUGGACUUGUAAUUCCAUCACGAAUUAAAAUUGUUUUGAUUAAAGUUACCAUUUCUUUGUAAACAGCAAAAAUAUUUUAAGUACAAAUUUUUUAAUUGUGUAAUAUACAUAUUUUAGUAAUGUUUCAGGUGUGAAAUUUUAGAAUGGAAACUUUUUUCCCUUGUCUUCAGUGUCUGAUGAUUAAAAUAUAAUUUGCAAUUAGUAUGUGUUUUAUGUAAUUAAAAAUAAUUAUGUGAUGUAUGAUUGUAAACGCUGAGAGUGACUGUGUUGUGCGACGACCAGCAAUCGUGCUUGAAAUCUAAUCUUCCCUGCUUCUGCCAAACAAACUCAUGCAGAUUCGUAUCUUUGCAUUGGCCACACUGGGUCUCUAUAUGAGGUGGUGAGGAUCGUGGUUCCCGGUGGCAAGCUAGUGUCGCGUUCUGCUGUCGUUCCCCGGAGUCCAAGGUCGUUACGCGACAGUGCCGCAUCCAACCGGCUAUAGCCGCAGUUGGAUCAUGUCUUCCAUUCAGAAAUACUAUUGUCAUAUAUUUUUUGUGAAUAUAUUAGAAGUUUUUUUUUAUAUUCUAUUACAAGUUUAUUGCAUUGUAAAAAUUAUUUUUGAUAAUUUUUUUAUGUGUUUCAAGUCAUAGUUAGAUAGUUUUGAUGUUUGUACUGUGAAUGUCUGAAUCCUGAAUAUUUUUGUAAUAAUUUGCGAGUUAUGAGUAUCAUAAAAUAUACAAUGCAUUAUGGAAUCUGUUGUUAUAUUGUACUGUACAUGUGUACUUCAAGAUUGUACUACUUGCUAGAGAAUUCAGUCACUGUAAAUAAAGAAUAUUGUUAAA